AUGCCUCUCGUGGCGAUCGCUGUCACAUCAUUCCGCUUGUAUUGUCGUGCGCGGCAAAGACGUCUAUGGAUCGAUGAUUUAUGGGCGACCUUCGCCAUGAUAUUCAUUUUCGCCCUAUUAGUUGUCAAUUCGUUGUAUCUGCAGGUUAAUGACAUCCAGAAAAUUUUCCUCAGGACACGAGGGAUAUCAAUCCUGUUAACAGUCGUACGACUCACAGCCCCAGGAACACUCAGGAGGGUCUUCAUACAUACUACAAUGAUCUUCGUCAUCCUAUGGGCUAUACUUUCUGCACAAGUAUUGUGGACUUGUGAAAGUGAGCCGAACUGGAAAACACAAUCACGCCCGCAGUGCUAUCUCGGCAGCAACGUCGCAAUAGCGCAGAUCAUCACUGAUGUUUUUGGAGACACUGUUCUUAUCUUGGCCCCGGUUCGUCUCGUUUAUAAAGCCAGAUUGUCGAAGGCGCAUAAAAUACGGAUUCUCCUCAUCUUUUCGACGUCAGCGAUCACCACCGUUGUUAGUCUUGCGCAUGCAUAUUAUGUCUUGUCCGACGGAGAACUAAAGGAGGCGGUAGCUGCUAUAGUUGAGACUUCUGUGUCCUUGAUCGUCGCGAACUUGAACGUGGUCGUGGUGUUCUUCUUGAGAAUGAGCGCAGAUGACGAUACAUCAUUGCUAGCACCGUCGAAAUCUUCACCCAUCGUAACCUUUGGAUCAUGGCCUAGGAAGCGUCAUUUUAACGACCCCCUCGUCAUGACCGUGAUAACCGUUGAAACCACCACGAUUACGUUGACCGAUCUCCCUGAAACUCACCCCAAUGCGCUGAAGAAUGGCAACACGGACGAAAUCUCUUUGAACGUCAUGGAGAGAGAGCAGAGCGGCGAAUUGUGGGUUCUUGCGGAUGCAGAAGGUACAAUGUCAGCGGGCCACGAUGCAUGA